AUGUCUUCCAGCCAUGAUGCUAACAAAGCGGCCGAUGAAACGGUCGCACCCGAAGAGUCUGCCAGACAGCGUCGGGAGCCGCGGAUUGAUCCUCAAGCUGGGCACAUUUUAAACUACACUCCAGUUUCGCGCGUCAUGAGGGCUGCCAUUCCCGGCGAUGUAAUGGUUUCUCGGGACGCCAUAGAGCUUAUGCAAGAUUGUGUCAGCGAGUUCAUCUCCUUUGUUACGAGCGAAGCUGCAGAAAAAUGCGCAGCUGAGAAGAGGAGGGCGGUGAGCGCCGACGAUGUUCUGACUGCAAUGAACAAGCUCGGAUUCCAGAACUAUUCGGAAGCGCUGAAAAUCUACCUGAGAAGGUACAACGAAGUAAGCCUACCCUCCCCCAACCUCACCCAGGUGCAUCCAGGAGACAAUUCUCUAAGCUUUGUUCGACGUCAGAAAAAGGAUCCGGGCGCCACCAGCACCAGCGGUCCAACGAAUGAGCGACAGGAGGGAAACAAAGAGAAAGAGUAUCAUGGGAGCGAACGACAACGAGGACAACCAUACGGGGCACUUCCAAGACAAUCUCCCAGAGCUGAGAAAGAGGCUACCGUAGAAGACACGGACGCCCACCGCACGAAUUGCCUUGUGACUGACCUGAUCCAGUCACUGGAAAGCACGGGGAGACCAGGCUAG